AUGGCCUCUUCAUUUCUGAAGAGCCUGGCAGUCGCCUCAGUCGUGACGGCCAGAAGCACCAGCGAAGGCGUCUGGCUUCACACUGACACCGUUCUGGCCUUGGGCGCGGAGGGUCGAAGUGCUGCAGCUGUGAACUUCCUGCAGUUGGAUUCCGUCAGAGAUGCUGGUAGCGACGACCUGUCCGAGGCUGUGCGCAACGCUCUUCGCAACAUCGAAGCGUUGAGUGACAGCCACCGUGGUCUUUCGGAGGACUUCCAGAUGCAGGGAAGCGACGACACAGUGCCGGCCAGCCCGGAGAGCAAUCUCGUGCAGGUGAGCGCAGGGACGGAAGUUGGCCAGGCCUGGAUUGCCACUGCUUCACCUAUCCCGAGCGUCAAAGAGAUGAUCUCCAACCUGAUCGCCUCUCUUCGUGAGGAUGGAACACAGGAGCAGAACCAGGAAAAAGAGAAGGGCAAGUUCUGUGCUGGCUGCCCAGUCGUCCACUGGACGCGUUUCACCCAGUUGCCGCCAGUUCCUAUGAAUCCUGCACGCAGCCGGUCUCGGUCACCGAGGAGUACCGAGCCAGCUUGCUUGAAGCAGGCUCUCUCAGAGGCGGAUCCCGCUUACUUGGACUCCGGAUUUCUGCAGCCCCAGUGGUGGAUACCGGAAGUCGAUGGGGCGCGGGUCGGUGACCACGAGUUUCUUCAAAUCCUGGGAGAAGGCACCCAUGGAAAAGUCUACAAGGUUGCAGACCCAGUGGUUGGUGGCUUCAAUGCCGUGAAGGUGAUCAGGAAGAAGGGCAAGAACACUGAUGAGCUGGCUGGAGUCAUGGCCGAGUGCAACACGCUUAACUGGUUGAGUCAUCCCAACAUUGUCCAGCUACGAGGAGCAGUCAACGCAUACAAGAACUUCUAUGUGUUCAUGGACUUCGCUGGCAGCGUGUCGCUUCACAAGCUCCUGCAGAACAGGGACAAUCAAACCGGACUUGACCUGCCCAUCGCCCGGCAACUCUUCCAUCAGAUAGCGGAUGCAGUGGCAUAUUGUCAUUGCCAUGGCCUUGCUCACUGUGACCUCAAACCGCAGAACAUUGUGAUAUCGGAAGAUGGAACUCCAAAGAUCGUAGAUUUCGGUUUGGCAUUGAAGCUCGGUUGGCCAGUAGGCAAUCCCCGCGGCACUUGGCCCUUUACGGCACCCGAAGCCGCAUGGCCUUGUGGGAGGCCCUGGGACCUGGCAAAGGCAGAUGUCUUCUCUCUGGGAGCAAUACUCAUUGAGAUGCUGUGUGGCACCGACAAGCUCUUCCGCAUGUUCGGCUGGAUGGCCCAGACGCCGCUGAAUCUGCUCCGCGUGCAAGAGAUGGUUAAUUUCCUUGCGACACCUGGAGCAGUCAUGAGCAGCCUGGCGACUGAUCUUGGCCUCGCAGCAACCGACCCAGCUCCAAUGAUCACAGGAUUGAUGAACGUGGUCCCCAUGAAGCGAUGGAGCGCAAAAGUUGCUGCAUCCUUCACUUGGCACAUGUACAUUGGCAAAGAGGAGGAGCAGCAACAGAAAGCCCGAGAAGGCUUCAAGAAGCUCUCUGCAGCCACAGAGGACGCCGAGCAAGCGAAGCGCUGGGCGGAGAGUGCAGUGCUGGACUUGCAGGCGCAGUCUCACUUCCUCGAGGCGGACGUGAGCCGCCUCAAACAGCGUGGCACUUACUUGGCCGUGACCUCGGGCAAGACAGACCUCGAUGCCGAAGUUGCUCGAAUCAAGGAAGAGGUCCUCAAGCAGCAUUGCAAGCUCUCUGAGUCUGGCAACUGUGCCGAAGCUGACUCUGCGCUCAACCUGGCCAAUCUCGGGCUGGAGAAGCUUGACAAGGCAGAUGCCGAGAAGACUCUGAAGCUCCAGCAAGAGAGCCUGUUCCAAGCGAACGCGGACUUGAACAGGCGGAAAGACGAGCUGGCAGAGCUUUCUUCGGAUGUGGUGACAGCCAAGGAGAACAUGAGACUUGCGGGCAAGGCUGACGAUGCGCUCUCCACAUCCUGUGGCCCCAAGGCCUCGUCAAUGGAGGACACCAUCGCCCGACGGAAAGAGGAGAUCGAGCAGCUGAAGAAUGUCGUUUGCUUCAUGAGCCUUCUGCAGGCUGUGAAAGUGUUGGAUGGCGAGGCAGUGAAGCCUCUGAUCACGCGGGAGACUGCGGGAGCAUGCGACAUCUUCUACAACCUGAAGCCACUUUUUUGGGCUUUGAGCUACGGUGCUGAGGCGGAGGUUCUCAAAGCUCUGCUGGAUGCUCAUCCCGAAGCUGCAAAGGAGAAGCAUCCCACCGAGGGCUGGACGCCACUUCACUACGUCGACAAGCUGAGCCUGGAGUCUGUCCGACUGCUUUUGGCGACUUGUCCAGAAGCAGCACACGAACUUGACCGCGAGGGCUCGCUUCCAUUGCACUGGGCCGCAGAGCACAAUGCUCCCAAAGAGGUGCUGCAGCUGCUUCUAAAGGCCAACGGUAGCGCCGCAGAGCGCAGAGACGGCUUUGGACGCCUUCCCUCGCGCUUGGCGCAGAAUGCCGGAGCUUCCGAGGAGCUAGUUAAGGCCAGCAAGCCGGUUGUAGACAAGUUGAGGGACAGGUGUAUUCUCAAGUCUUCAGAGGGCCUGGAUGCGGGAAGUCUCCUUGCAGACAGCAACGCGGCCGGUGGAGCACUUGCAGCCGUCCGGGAGUGGAGCCUGGGGCCUUAUGGCUUCGAGUGGCUGCUACUUCGGGUGGCGGACUUUGGCAACGAGGCACCGGCGGUGCCCAUGGUCGCCGAGUGGAAGGCCGAUGCCGCCCCGCCACCUCUGCAGCUCUUGAUCCCCGAGAUGAUCUUCUUGGAGAAGACUCCCCAGAUCUUGUUCUUCACUGACUGUGCCGGUUUCAUCAGGGCAGUGCGAAGGCCGAUGAGGAAGGAGCCCUACUUGGUUCACAGCACCAUUGAGGAGCUCAUGAAAUCUCGGCAGCAGAUGGAUUGGAACUGCUACCGGGAGCUGGAGUCGGCACUGGAGAAGGAUAAGCUCGACUGCACGGAGCGCCAGGGCUUAGGCGGCCUAGGCCUGAGCGUGGGCCUGGAGGUGCCAAGCUCAAGGCGACACAGUGGAGAGGAUGCCAAAGCCCACAAAGAGAAGAGGGCUACGAACACAACUCUGAAAAAACCCAUGGCGCCGUCCUGGCGGUUCUGGUCUGGCACCGACGGCAGCAAAAGCGGUCGCGAGCACCGCUUGCAGAGCAGUGAGGUCAAGGAUUGCUUCGACGGCAGUCGCGAGUGGCCCGCCGGAAUCAGCUUGCUGCAGGCCAGCUUCUGGACAGGCUCGGCUACCCCUCGGCCCAGCUUCAUUACGUAUCACUACAAUGCUCUCCAAACAGAGGCAGCCGGAGCUGUCCACGAAAGGUUGCGCGAUAUCAUGAACAACCACUUCGAGCGCUAUACAUUUCUGGAGUCUGUGAGGGAUCGGAACAAGAUGUCUGCAGUACCCACUCAGCUCGCCCAGCAUCUCACAUACUACUGCAACUUAGAGCUUGUGUCCGGGGAGUUCAUCUUCUAUAAGGACCGCAAGUCCCAGUUGUGGCUCGCUGACGCACGGAAUCUGAUGUUUGUGCCGAGCAUCAGCCGAUCUGGCAACGCAGCUAAGGGAGGAGGAGCGCAGGAGGCUCUGCCACAGAAGAUGUUCCGCUAUCUCUCCGAGGAGGCUUUGCAAAACUUGAUGGUCGACGAGAGGGAAGGCCCGAAGUGUGAGCGGAUGUUCGAGCUGAUGAUGCAUGACUAUCAGGCAAUGAAGGAGAAGUUCGGGGUUGACAGCAUGCUGCGGAAGGUACAGCAAGAGCUGGACAUCAACGUGCCGGUCUUGGAGGGCACCAACGUUGAGGCCCUGGGUCGGACCUUUGACAUCAAGGCGAAGCAUCUGGGAGCGACCCAGACAGCUGCGCAGAAGCGACACUACUGCGUGCCUACGCCCAAGGUCCAUGCUGAAAAGGGAAGAUGCCGAUGGUUCUCUGAAGGCACAGGAAAUCAAGUCCGAACGGCUGCUGAGAGGGUCCGCCGCCAUAACCGCUACAUGGGCCAAGUGAUUGCCAAAGGUCGGCAACGAGCCCAAAACGCGGGAUCCUUCAGUGCUUGGGAUCCGAUGCCCUCCGCUGCGCCCACUACUGCACGGUCCGCACGGUCUUCCGAGCACGGGACGCCAUCUCCUUCGUCCUCCCUUCGGAGACAACAAAGCAGGUCCAAGUCCAAGGUUGCCCAUGCGGAGCCAAAGCGGGUGCAGCCAAAGAUUGAGAUUGUGACCACUGCCAUCGCACAGGAGCUCCUCGUUGGUGCCGGCACGGGGGUCUGUCCAGAGGGCGAUACCAUGGACAUGAAGCGCCCGAGCAUCAGCCAGCCCGGCCAAGGGCUUCGGAUGACGCGGAAAGCGGCGGUGCCAACUGCCCGAGCCGUAGUUGUUCCAGAGGGGGCCGCGGCUCAAGCCGUCUUUCUUGAGAGCGAGGCUGAUAAGCUUCGGCAAUACUUGGAAGUGCUUCGGCAACAAUCGGAAGUCGAGAGUGAAAAGAAUCGGCACCAAUCGGAAGCCGAGAGCCACACGAAAGAGACGACGCUGAACUUGGCGGUCACUGGAACUCCACGGGACAAGAAACUUGGUUCUCGGGGCUCCAUGGCUGCGCAUACAUUCCAGACCGAUCCCAACUCCCUGAGCGGCACCGGAAGCAAGGGCGAAGAAGCCCCACCAGUGAAAUCGGCACAGGAGGAGCCCAUGAUCAUGCAAAUCAAUCAUAAGUGCAGCCUGUUGGAGUGUUCUACGGCCAGUUGCUGGCAGCUGAAGGAAGUGCUGCAGCUCUUGCGGGCAGCUGCGCCGGCUGCCUUCGCAUCGGUGGCUCCAAAGGACUCUGCUAUCAUCGCCUCUGCUGCCAGAGCACUUCUGUUUCGUGUGGGCAGUGGCGGUGCCUUGGGCCAUGCAUUGGCAGCACGCAUCGGCCUCAAGCGGACUGUGAACAAGGGUGACAGCCUCAAAGUCGGUCGCGGCCCAGAGCAGGAUGUCGAGCCCAUUGGCCUGCUAUUCCCCGGGCCAGGCUCAGACGCGAGUCCUCGCGCUGCUUUUCUGCGGCGCUCGACCUCGGACCCCACGGCGGCACCUUUGAUAACCAUUUUGGUGAGCGGGUUGCUUCUGCUGAACACGGGCAUCCUUGUGCCCAGCAACCUCGUCAACCAUAAGGAGCUGAACGGCAUCCAGGGAGAGUUUCACUUCUUUUCUGCGAAUUCGGAAUAUUUGGCUGGAAGCUCAGACGGAAAUUCGAACACGCGGCCGGCGGACUACCACGAGGACCCGGUUCCCGACUUCUUCUACUACCAGAACAACAGCAGUGAGCUGCCAGGGAAACGCGUGAGUGACAGCAGGCAGGGUGAACUGCCAAUAGUUGGUGUGCAGCGGUUUUUCAACAAGGUCGGUGGCUUCCUGGAAGCUACCUCUGAUCUUCUUUCUCCCUUCUUCGACCUCCUUGCGGGUCUCCACGUUUUCUUCUACCACGAGCAGCAGAGCCAGGACACCUCCGAUUACACGCUUCAGCCCUACCUGUUCGCUGGAGAGAUGGCUUCCUCGUCCGGACCAGGUCCCGGAGGCGGAGGCAUACCUUUACAUGAGUUUCGGAAAGACGUUCCUCCAGGAUGGUGCCCGGGACUACCCGACUACCCUCUUCGCUUAUAUUUCGAGCGGUUGAAGCUUUGGUACCAGAUAUACGACGGCGAGGACACCAUGGUUGGGCCGCUCGUUGCGGGGAGGCUCCAGGGCAAGGCCCAACGGCUGGGCCUAACACUACGGCUUCCUCGUCCGGAUGGAACCAUGGAUGUUGGCGGCGAAGCGUUGGCUAGGCUGACCGUGGAAGAGGUCAGGGACCCAGCGGACCCGACGGUGAUCAUCCAGCAGUAUGUGCCGUCGGGUGUACAGGCGCUGUGUAAUGCGCUGAAAGACGCGUUUGGAGUGUCAGACCAGGAGCUGGUCUCACGCUCCAUUGAGGACUUCUUUGAGUACCGGAGGGGGAAAACAAGUUUCCAGGAGUAUGCCAUCGAGUGGGACUGCAAGCUGGAAGAAGCCACGACCAGAGCAGGGCUUCAAAUUAACGAAGUGGCGAAGUUCUACUUGUUCUUCCGCAACUCCGGGCUCCCCGCUAAGUUCGUCGAGGAUAUAAAGCUGCAGUUGCAAGGGGAUCUGCGGCGGUUUCAAGAAGCCCGGUCUUUGGCCUUGAGGCUUAUCAGCCGCAAGGACGACAUCGGCGGUGGUGACGGCAGCUUCUACGAGCAUGAGGAGCACGAGGAUGGCUAUGACUGGUACGCCGACGACCACGAAGCUGACUGGGAUGUACCCUGGGAGUCAUGGUAUGAAGACGGUUGGCUUGUCAUGGACUAUGAGAACUAUGCCGCUGACUACGAGGAUGAUUGGAACUACUACGAUGGUUGGGUCGAUGAGCCCACCAUGGAACAGGCGGCGACAACCGACGAUGACCACUCUUCCUACCAUGGCGAGGACAACUCCCCGGGUCACGCCACGGACCCCACUGCAGAGAGCUUUCCUAUGCACAAAGGAAAAGGAAAGUCAUCUGGUGGCUGUACCAUCUGCGGCUCCCGGUGGCACCAGGCCUCAUCAUGCCCUGUGGCCUCCGACGGUGGCGGCAAGGACAAUAAGGGCUACCCGUCGAAGGGCAAGGGCUACGGCAAGCCCUAUGGUGGCUACGGUGGCGGCUACGGCAAGGGCAAGAGCAAGGCCAAAGGUCGAGAAUUCCGGAAAGGAAAAGGAAAAGGGAAGUGGUCACCAAAAGGCUUCCGGAGCGGCAAGGGGUAUUCUCGCCCUGGUGGCGGCUACUUCGGCUACACCGGUGCCAAGACGCUCCACCGCAGCUUCGACGCUGACAGGCCUUUUGAGACUCCUCCUGGCAAGACGGUCCACUUCAAGCUCGACCACGAUGAGGCCGAAACGAUACUGCCGAUGAACAGAAGCAAAGGUUCCGCAGAUGACAAGGCCACGGCUGAUGAUGCAAACUCGGCGACGGCAACACUGCCCGAAAAGAAGCUGGCGUUCAACUUCACCAGCUCAAUUUACAACACGGUCGAGAUUCCGUUGGAUAUCUCAGGCGCCGAGGCCACCUUCAAGGCUGAUGUGUUGGGUGGCGAGGGGUCACUCUGCCCAGCACUCCUCUCCAAUCCUGCUCUACGACGACAGAGAGCAGCCGUCCUGACGAACUGGUUCAACAAUGGAGAUGGAGCGCUUUGCGUGCAGAACGAGGCAGGUGACUCACAUGUGAUGCGCAUGCUGCUGACCGACUCCGGUCACUACCUACUUCCAACCGAUGAGCGCCACAGCAUGCCCAAGGACGACGCGAACGCGGUGAAGAUGAAGUUGGCAUGCUGGUCCAAGGAGAUUGCGGCUCGCUGGGAUGAUCUUCGUCCCGAAGUCCGGCACUGUUUCUUGCAGCAGCCGCAAGUCUCCACCCGAGAGCGUGAGCGGUACAAGUGUGAUGGCGCAGAAGAAGAGACCAAUGUGACUUCGAGUUCACCAACGACUUCUACCACAUCCGGGUCCACUGCCAAUAGUGGCACAACUUCCGAUGAGUUUGACAAGGGCAUGUUUUCGGAAAACAGUGAUGUUUCGGUCAUAGAGACCAAUGUGACGUCUAGUUCACGAACGACUUCUACCACAUCCGGGUCGUUUAAUUUUGAGAGCAUGGCACCGAGUCCACAGUCCAGUUCAUUGAGCAUGGCACCGAGUCCACAGUCCACAGACCAUGUCGUUGCGCAGGACAGAGUCUCGUUUGCGAGCAAGCCUUUCUUGGACAGUCCGUACCCGAAGGCCAAGGAAGACGACUGGGAGCACGACGUGAUCAACAACAAGCUCACACGGCACCAUAAGACUCCAAGGCGCAUACUUUUCACACCCAAUGCUACCUUGGAUUGCCCAGUACCACAUGAACAACUAUCCGGCGCAAGGAGCACUCAGAUCAAGACUUGGACACAGCGGAAGUGCACUCUUCGCUACCUUGAGGACGACUGGCGAUGCGUGGCAACGCCAAACAGAGACCUUGUUCAACUCUGGACAGGGAGGACGGUGUUCCACGUGUGCAGACCACAGGGGACUACGUCAUCCACGACAACCUCGUAUGCGAUGACUCGUCAGUCUGCUGAGAGUAUCUUGGACGAGCAAAACUUCCCUCCGUAUGCGGGAGACACUUUUCCAGAUCAUUGGGAUGAUGCUCGUGUCAAGAAAGCCAAGGACUACUAUAGGGCACUUCCGGAAGAAUUUUAUUCCCGCACAGGUCGACGACCCAUUACACCGGGAAAUGUUCGACUAUGGAUGCAGAAUGCGCUAUCGCGGAAGCGACCGCUGCGCUUCCAAGUUUGGGAGUGGUUUUCUGGCUCUGGACGUUUAAGCCUGGUUUUACUUCUGGCGAACCUGUCAGUUGGCUUUCCAGUUGACCACAGGUAUGGCUGGGAUAUUGGCUAUGGUCCUCACCAAGCACUUCUUCGUGAAUGCCAGACAGCUUUUGCCCCGGACCAUCUUAUGGCAGCACCGAAUUGCGGCCCGUGGUCCGUUGCCACAGCUGGUCGUGAUCCAGGCAAACGCCAGGCAGACCGCAGCGCAGAGCUUCCUACUUUGGAGUUCCUCUACGAGUCUUGUGUGUGUCAGGAGACCGAAGGCCACGGGUUUACAGUGGAACAGCCUCUCUCUUCGGCUAUGUUCACAGACAGCCCGAUGAGUCGGCUGAUUGACCAGUACUGCCUCAAGAAGCAACGUCUGGAUCAGUGCAUGUUGGGUGCACAAGAUGAACAUGGUAAACCAGUGCGCAAGUCCACGGUUUUCUACAGCAACCGGCGCUGGCAUGGCAUCCUCAAACGUUGCGGCGGUCACAAGGGUCAAGGCCAUGGAAUCUUGCAGGGCAAGUGGGCUGGUCUGAACCGCACCACCAUGGCAGCGGUGUAUCCUCGUCGCCUAUGUCAGCAGUUCUGUCAGGACUUGAUGUAUAUGCUCAAGAAGGUUGAUCGAGCAGCCAUACAUCCCUGGCCACGUCAGCUUUGGUGGGCCAGUGGAUUUUUCUACUCGUGUGAACGUUGUCAACUUGGCCGCUCGGCACCUCCCGGUUGUGAACAUACUCUGGUUCCUGGUGAAUGUCGCUACGGGCAGCCCAGCAUGCGCAAUGAGCGCCGUGCGCCUAGAGCUCAAGAAGCUCGUCCUUCCACGGGUGAUCUGGAAGAUCCUUCGGCGCCUUUCAAGAUGCUGGCCCGCAGCGGUGACUACAGCGGUGUGGAGUUGGUCUUGGAUGACACGAUCACUCUGUCACCCGAGAACCGCGUUUAUCUCAAGUCUGCCUUGACGAGCCUACUCAAGUCCUGCAUUGGUGUGUUUCAGGAGGCGACGGGCAUUGACUACGACCACUGGAUCUCCGACCCCGUGCUUCUUCGUGUCUUCCAAGAUGUUUUUCAUGAGCACUUGCAGGUCCUGGGGGUCAUGUGUUCUCUUCGACCCUGGCACCUCAAGGUUCCGGAUCCCUACUUGAGUUCCUCCUGUGCACCUCUUCGAAUGCUGAUUCGAGGCGGUGUUCGAAAGUGGCACGUUCAUGCUGUCGAGGACAUGCGGAUGAUGUCGCCGAAUCAGCUCAAGGCGUCUGUGGAGGAGGCCGACUGGCACAUCACGGUGUUCGGUUAUCGUGCUGGGGAUCUAGAUGUUGAUCGUGCCGAGGUUCCCUCUGCGGCUUCUGGGCGGCGACCAUCCAGCGCGCGCCCUGCUGCACCCCUGGUUCCGGCCGAAAAGAGAAAAGAUGGGGAAGCAGCUUCAUCUUCUUCGGCACCCCGUCAGCGACUUCUCGAACCUC